CAACCGCCAUUAAAACUCAAAGAAGAAGAAGUGAUCGAUUCCGUAUGAUACAGAAUGAAUUGGAAAGGAGUGUUUGCUGAUAUGAAAUAACCGUCCUCCGCAUCGUUUAAUUAGUCCAGGGUCAUCUCCGCCAAAUCAAUUACAAAAGGAACCGGAAUGGAGGAAUAAGAGGAAACAAAUGACGGUUUUCGUAGUCAACUAGCGACCUAGCAAGCUAGCUGACGUUAGCUUCAAGCUCAUAUAGCCAGUCUGCAGCAUCAGCAGCUGCUCAUAAUAAAAUAUAUCAGCUGUCAAGGUAGCAACCAUAGGAAAAUGUAUGUUCUCUACACAAUUAUCGCCUCUUUAGUCUCUUUUUUAACUCUGAAAUGGAUGAAAAAAAGGAGGUAUUGCACCGACCUGAGCAGACUUGAUGGCAAAACAGUUCUUAUUACAGGUGGAAACUCCGGCGUUGGGAAGGAAACAGCUGUUGCCAUGGCAAUGAGAGGCGCCCGUGUCAUCAUCGCUUGCAGAGACAUGGACAAGGCUGAGAAGGCUGUGAGGGAGAUAAAGUUCAAGAGUCACAAUCUCAACGUCCUUCACAUGGAGCUGGAUCUGGCUAACCUGCACUGUGUGAGGGAAUUCUGUAAGACCUUCCUCCAGAGAGAGAAGAGGCUCGACAUCCUGAUCAAUAAUGCAGGUAUGCCCGGCGUCCUCGACUGGACGGAUGAUAACUUCAGCAUGUGUUUUGGCGUCAAUCACUUGGGUCACUUCCUCCUCACUAAUCUGCUUCUGCCUCGCCUGAAAGAAAGUGCCCCCAGCCGGGUGGUCACCCUCACGUGCUCCAGCUACAAAUACCAGAAACUGAACUUCCAGGACCUCAACUACAACCUGCUGCCCUUCUUCACCUACUGCCGCAGCAAGCUGGCCAACAUCUACUUCAGUCAGGAACUGGCCCGCAUCACUGAAGGGAAAGGAGUGACGUCCUACGCUGUGCACCCUGGUUUUGUCCAGAGCGGUUGGACGUGUCACUACUCCAUCCUGUUCCGAAUGCUAAUGCAGGUGGUCAUGUGGAUGUUUUUUGUGUCGUGUGAGGUCGGAGCUCAGACUGUCAUCUACUGCGCUGUCUCAGAUGAAGUUGCCAAACACAGCGGAGGUUACUUCGUUGACUGCCGACCAACCACUCUGCGGCCUUUUGCAAGAGACGCCGGUGUGGCAAAGAAACUGUGGGAGGCCAGUGAGAGACUGGUGAAACUGGCCUGAUGGUGGAAGCUGGAGGAACUGAUCCUUUGUUUUUAUGACGAUAGUUAACUGAUGUAGAUGCACUUUCUUUUUACAUUGUUGUGUUUUUCAUUUACAUUUUGGUUGUGUUCACUGCAGAUGUAAAGAUUUCAUGUUCCUUUAUGUGCUUGUGUAUUUUAAGAGGAAAUGUUUUUUCUUAUCAACACAACUUGUUUUUGUGGAAAAUAAUUUUUCUGUGCACAAGUAAAAGACCCACUUUACAGUG